AUGUUCGUUUGUGCAUCAUGGAAUAAAGAUGCAAUAACAUUUGGUGAGGAGAAUUUAGUUGGACAAAAGCCCGUUGGCCUUUUCGUUAAUAAUCAAAACGUCGUCUACGUCGCUAAUCGUGAGAAUGGUAAGAUUUUAGCAUGGACUAAUGGGCCAUCAACUUCAACGCCAAUUCUUUCCACGAAUUCAACUAAUUUAUGGAGCAUUUUUGUCACAACCGAUGGUGACAUUUAUGCUGAUAAUGGCAUUGAGAAUGGUUACGUCAAUAAAUGGACACUCAAUGCAACAGAAAAUGGAAUUGAAGUGAAUAUCCAUGAGUGGUGCACAGGUCUUUUCGUCGACAUUAAUUAUCAUUUAUAUUGUUCUUCGACUAAUAACCAUCAUGUGAUUAAGAUACCACUCAACAAUGGCCAAACUGUACCGAUAGUAGUGGCAGGCACAGGAUGUCGUGGUCCUAUGCCUAAUAUGCUUGAUUAUCCGCAUGGAAUCUUCGUCGAUAAUAAAGUCAAUUUAUAUGUAGCUGAUACUGGUAAUAACAGAAUUCAAUUUUUCAUACCUGGUAACAAAAAUGCCAAAACAAUUGCUGGUUUCGGAGCAACGGUAUACUUCAUACUCAAUAGACCAACAGAUAUUGCGCUCGAUGCCGAUGGAUAUUUAUAUAUUGUGGAAAGUGAAAAUCAUCGAAUUAUCCGAUCAAUUCCAAAUGGAUUCAAAUGCUUGGUUGGAUGCUCUGGUAACAGUGGAAUAACGUCAAGUGAAUUGAAUUAUCCACAAACAAUGGCUUUCGACACAACUGGAAACAUAUUUGUGAGUGAUUUCAACAAUCACCGAAUUCAAAAAUUUCAAUUAAUUCAAAAUCUAUGCGGUAUGUUUAUUUCUAUUGUGAGUGAGUAG